AGAAUGUCCUGGUUGCAGCUCCCAGUGUGCCGGGCCCCUGGGUCAGGGCCCCGGCUGGGACGCCACGGGAGCUGCCCGGACGGACCCUGGUGGAGGCUGGUGCAGCUGCUGCCCUGAGACGCCUCCUCACAGAGACAAUGGGGCUCAGCUUGCGGUGGCCCCAGCUGCCCGGCGCUGCCUCUCAGCCAGCCAGUUACCUGGCAGUUACCGUCACAGCAACUGUGACUGGGGAGGUGGGCCGGGGCUGGUUGCACACGGUCCCUAGCAAGGGUGGUGGGUGGGCCGGGGUCACGGCGGGCCUUGCCCUGGUGCCCGGGCACACACACGUGUGCCAGUGUGAAGACACGUGUGGCCAGCCGAGGCGCUGGGGGCAGUACCAGGCUCGGCAUGGUGGGCGCAGCGCGGCCCGCACCUGGAUGCUGGCGCCACACAAUGGGCCUGUGAGCCGCACAAAGGGGCAUUUUCCUGCGAGUGCAGGGCGGGUGCAGGGGGAGGCUGGCAGCUGGACGCCUCCCUCCUGCCGUGGAGGAUCCCAGCCCCGCUGCACGGGGUGAGCCCCUCAGGUGGGGCCCCGGGGGCAGGGUCUGGCCAGCCACUGCAUGGUGGCACGAGGUGUCCCCACCCAGGGGCUGGGGGCACUGGCCAGGAAGUUGUGAGUUUGCCGACUCCAGGGAGAGCGGCUGGACCUGGGUGCCCCCGCCUCCCGUGGGCCCCUGAGGCAUCGGUGGGCACGCAGGGGCCGGUGCCCCGGCUGCCUGCCCAGGGGUCCCACUUCCUGGCCUGCUGCUUUCGCGUCUUACAGUGCCGUCCUGCCCCGCGUGUGCUGUGGGCCCGGAGCCCCUUCCUCUGUGUCCCGGCGGAGUCUCUGCUGGUGGCACGGCCUUUCUCGUGGGCCGUGCUCACAAAGGACAGGCAGGCAGACGGCCUCGGAGGGGGACGAGGCCCCCCCACCCCUCCCAGACCAUUCCGGCCCGAGGCCUGGGCUGGGAAACUGAGGCUGGCCACAGGGGCCGCAGCCUCCCCCCCACCCCCGCCCCCACCCCGGGUCUGGCCCCGUCUCCUUGGCGACCCUGGUUCCCUCCCAGUGCUCCUGCCCUGUUUUUUGUCCCCUUGUCUGUGUCCUCCCGGCUCCUGCAGGGAAUCCCAACUCCAGCUCCAGGCAACGGCUCCUGCCUUGUCUCCAGGCAACGUCCCUGACCCCUGCCCGGUCCUCCCUCCUGGGGCCCCUCGGCCUGCCCGUCCACUGUGAAGCCUGGGGUUGCUGGGACUCUGGCGCUCACACCGGGCACUUGAAGCAGGUCACCCAAGCUCUCCAAGCCUCCGUGGCCUCUCCCAGUGCGGUGGGGGCUGCCUGCCCCAGAAGGAGGUGGGGUUCCUGGCCUGCAGCUGGCGUCGGCCUGUGGCUGAGCCUCCCGGGCCUGGCUUGGCAUCUCCGCCCGUGCGAUGCUGACGUGCGGGGCCGGCUCCUGUGCACACAGCCCGGAGAGGCGGACGCAGAGCCGUGAGCCGGGACCGGGCUGUGUGUGCGGGGGGUGCUUUUAUCCUCACGUGCCCUGCGUCAGCCCCGCGACUCACAGGCGAGGAAGUGAAGGUCGCGCAGCAGCGCCCACUUGCGGGUCCGAGCGAGCCCGCGUGUCGAGUGGCGGUACAAGAUGGUGCUCCUUGCGGCGAGGAGCCCCCGUGCCCUGGGGAGGCCCCUGGAUAGGCAGGCCCAUUGGCUACGGUGCCCCCGGCGUGGAGUUCACGGGCCUGCAUCGAGACGCGGCCACCGUCACCCAGAUGCACUUCCUGCCCGGCCAGGGCCGCCUCCUGACCUUGCUGGACGACAGCAGCCUCCAUCUUUGGGAGGUCGUCCACCACAACGGUUGCGCCCACCUGGAGGAAGCCCUCCACCACCAGCCACCCAGUCGCCCGGGCUUUGAUGGUGCCAGUGGCCUGCCCAGCCUCGCCCGCAUCACCGUGGUCCUGCUGGUGGCUGCCGGUGACCUGGCGGCCCUGGGCACUGAGGGCGGAAGCGUCUUCUUCCUGGAUGUUCCCACCCUGACGCUGCUUGAGGGGCAGACCCUUGGCCCGGACGAGGUUCUGCGGAGCGUGCCCGACGACUACCGGUGCGGCAAGGCCCUGGGCCCCGUGGAGGCGCUGCAGGGACGCCUGCGGGACCCCGCCCGGAUCCUCGUCGGCUACAGCCGGGGCCUGCUGGUCAUCUGGAACAGGGCCGCGCGGUGUGCCGACCGCAUCUUCCUGGGCACCCAGCAGCUGGAGAGCGUGUGCUGGGAGCGCAGCGGCCGCACGCUGGUCAGCUCGCACAGCGAUGGCAGCUACGCCGUCUGGGCCACGGACGCCGGCGACUCCCCGAUGACACAGCCCACUGUGGCCACCACGCCCUACGGCCCCUUCCCCUGCAAAGCCAUCAGCAAGAUCCUGUGGCGAAACUGUGCGUCUGGCGAGCACUUCGUCGUCUUCAGCGGCGGCAUGCCCCGCGCCAGCUAUGGCGACCGCCACUGCGUGAGUGUGCUCCAGGCCGAGACCCUGGUGACGCUGGACUUCACCUCCCGCGUCAUCGACUUCUUCACGGUGCACAGCACGCGGCCCGAGGACGAGUUCGACGAGCCGCAGGCCCUGGCCGUGCUGCUCGAAGAGGAGCUGGUGGUGCUGGACCUGCAGACGCCCGGCUGGCCGGCUGUGCCCGCCCCGUACCUGGCCCCGCUGCACUCGUCCGCCAUCACCUGCUCGGCCCACGUGGCCGGCGUCCCCGCCAAGCUGUGGGCCCGCAUCGUGAGCGCCGGGGAGCAGCAGCACCCCACGGCCGCCUCCGGUGCCUCGAGCUGGCCUAUCACCGGGGGCCGGAACCUGGCUCAGGAGCCGUCCCAGCGAGGAUUGCUGCUGACCGGCCACGAGGAUGGCACCGUGCGGUUCUGGGACGCCUCCGGCGUGGCCCUGCGGCCACUCUACAAGCUGAGCACGGCCGGCCUCUUUCAGACCGACUGCGAGCACGCCGACAGCCUGGCCCAGGCCGCCGAGGACGACUGGCCGCCCUUCCGCAAGGUGGGCUGCUUCGACCCCUACAGCGACGAUCCACGGCUUGGCGUGCAGAAGGUGGCGCUCUGCAAGUACACCGCCCAGAUGGUGGUUGCCGGCACCGCGGGCCAGGUGCUGGUGCUGGAGUUAAGUGACGAGCCGUCGGAGCAGGCGGUGGGCGUGGCCAGCGUGGACCUCCUCCAGGACCGUGAGGGCUUCACGUGGAAGGGCCACGAGCGGCUGAGCCCACGCACAGGGCCGCUGCCCUGGCCGGCCGGCUUCCAGCCCCGCGCACUGGUCCAGUGCCUGCCGCCGGCUGCCGUCACUGCCGUCACGCUCCACGCCGAGUGGGGCCUCGUGGCCUUCGGCACCAGCCACGGCUUCGGCCUCUUUGACUACCUGCGCAGGAGCCCCGUGCUGGCCAGGUGCACCUUGCACCCCAACGACUCCCUGGCCAUGGAGGGGCCGCUGUCCCGCGUGAAGUCGCUCAAGAAGUCGCUGCGCCAGUCCUUCCGGCGCAUCCGCAAAAGCCGCGUCUCGGGCAAGAAGCGCUUGACCGCCACCGGCAGCAAGUUGCAGGAGGCCAAUGCGCAGCUGGCGGAGCAGGCCGGCCCCCACGACGUGGAGGUGACGCCCGUGCAGCGCCGCAUUGAGCCCCGCUCGGCCGACGACUCCCUCUCGGGCGUCGUGCGCUGCCUCUACUUCGCCGACACCUUCCUUCGCGACGCGGCCCACCACGGCCCCACCAUGUGGGCGGGCACCAACUCGGGCUCCGUAUUUGCCUACGCGCUGGAGGUGCCGGCGGCAGCGGCGAACAGCGACAGGCGGCCCGAGCGGGCAGUGGAGGCCGUGCUGGGCAAGGAGGUACAGCUGAUGCACCGCGCACCCGUGGUGGCCGUGGCCGUGCUGGAUGGACGCGGCCGCCCGCUGCCGGAGCCCUACGAGGCCUCAAGGGACCUGGCGCAGGCGCCCGACAUGCAGGGCGGCCACGCUGUGCUUAUCGCAUCUGAGGAGCAGUUCAAGGUGUUCACGCUGCCCAAAGUGAGCGCCAAGACCAAGUUCAAGCUGACGGCCCACGAGGGCUGCCGAGUGCGCAAGGUGGCCCUGGCCACCUUUGCCAGCGUGGCCUGCGAGGACUACGCCGAGACCUGCCUGGCCUGCCUCACCAACCUGGGCGACGUGCAUGUGUUCUCGGUGCCCGGCCUGCGGCCCCAGGUGCACUACGCCUGCAUCCGCAAGGAGGACAUCAGCGGCAUCGCCUCCUGCGUCUUCACACGACACGGCCAGGGGUUCUACCUGAUUUCCCCGUCGGAGUUUGAGCGCUUCUCCCUGAGCGCCCGGAACAUCACGGAGCCGCUCUGCUCUCUGGACAUCAGUUGGCCCCGCGAUGCCAUGCAUGCCAGCUACAGGCCCCGAGAGUCGCCCAAGCUGAGCCAGGCUAACGGGACCCCUGGCGUCGUCCUGGGCCCACAGAGCCGCGGCGGAAGCCCCGAUCCCACCCGCAGCGAGGGAGCUGACACCCCGGAGCCGCCGGAGGCCACGCUCUCACCCACGUCCGUCGACUCGGCCACCAGUGCCGACACGACGCUGGACACGACAGGGGACGUGACGGUGGAGGACGUGAAGGACUUCCUGGGCUCUUCAGAGGAAUCCGAAAAGAACCUGCGGAACCUGUCAGAAGAGGACGAGGCCCGAGCCUGCCCCAUCCUGAUCGGAUGAGGCGCUCAGGACUGCCAGGCCUGCCCUGUUCGCAGCUGGGACCCAGAACCCCGGCCCUUCACGUGGACCUGCACCUGCUAAUCUCAGGCUCCAGCGGGACCUGCCCAGCCUGGCCCCAGAGGCCACCCGGGAGGUCAGGUGCCACAG